CUUGUCGCCCAUUAAACUGUCACAACGUGAGUGAAGUUCAUGAACACUUUGUCGGUGUAACUCUUUCCUAAACACGGAUAUAUCACCCUGACAGCUGAAAGAUGUGGAAGUCUGCCGUGGGCCACAAUGUGACCAUGAAGGUGGCUGCAGAGGGGGACGACUGGGAGACAGACCCUGACUUUGAGAAUGACGUAUCAGAGCAGGAGCAGAGGUGGGGAGCAAAGACCGUCGAGGGUUCAGGACGGAAAGAGCACAUCAGUGUUGCAGCGCUCAGAAACCAAGUCACUGCGGAGCACAAGCAGGGGAAGCAGAAGGAGCAGACUCCCAAAGCGUCAUACGGAUACGGAGGAAAGUUUGGAGUCGAAAAAGACCGAAUGGACAAGGCGGCUCUGGGUCACGACUAUGUGGCACAAGUGGAGCAGCACUCCUCCCAGAAAGAUGCAGCGAAAGGGUUUGGAGGGAAGUUUGGUGUUCAGAAAGACCGCGUGGACAAGUCGGCCAUGGGCUUUGAAUACAAAGGAGAAGUGCAGCAACAUGCAUCUCAGAAAGGUAAGUCCAAACUUCUCGCCUUCUCGCCACCAGUACAAUAUUUUACUUUUGUUAAAUUGCUGCAUAACAGAGUUUCCCCAACAACCCACAUGUUUUCAGAUUACUCAAAGGGCUUUGGAGGAAAGUACGGGGUGGAGAAGGAGAAAGUGGACAAGGCGGCUUUGGGGUACGACUAUAAAGGAGAAACAGAGAAGCACCAGUCACAGAAAGAUUACUCAAAGGGCUUUGGAGGGAAGUAUGGUGUUGAGAAGGAGAAAGUGGAUAAAGCUGCUUUGGGCUAUGAUUAUAAGAGCGAGACGGAGAAACACCAGUCACAGAAAGAUUAUUCAGCCGGUUUUGGAGGUCGUUAUGGAGUUCAGCAAGACCGCAUGGAUAAGAGUGCAGCCGGCUUCUCAGACAUGGCGUCUCCCACCUCUGCGUAUGAAAAGACGCAACCAUUGGAGGCCUCAAGUGCGGGCGCAGGAAAACUGAAGGCUCGCUUCGAGAACAUGGCCAAAGCUUCAGAUGAAGAGAACAAGAAGAAAGUCGAGGAAGAGAAAGAGAGGAGACAAGCCAGAGACGGCAGAGAGCGAGAGGCUGCCAAGCGCAGACAAGAGGAGGAGAGCAGCAGAGACGAGGAAAUCAGUCCACCUCCUGUUCCAGAUGUGGCGGAAGAUGAGGAAGAUGAAAUGCCGCCACCAGAAAUCCACCACUACAUGCCAGAGAUACAAGAAAUACCCGAACCAGAGGAGGAAACAGUAUACGACGAGCCGCCGGCCUUGCCUCCGCGCUCGGAUGAUUUCCUCCACCUGGAUGCUCCACCUCUCCCCGACAUGGCAGCACCUGUGGAGGAAGAUGAGGGAGAGUACGAGGAACUUAUUGAACCGCCUCCUUUUGCGCCGACAGCCGCUGAUGAAGACGAUGAAGAACUGUCGUCUGGCCAGAAGGCUGUAGCGAUUUAUGACUAUGAAGGAGAGGCUGAUGACGAGAUCUCCUUCAACCCGGACGACGUCAUCACCAACAUAGAGAUGAUUGACGAGGGCUGGUGGAAGGGGCUCUGUAACGGACGCGUUGGUCUUUUCCCUGCUGCUUAUGUUCAGUUGAUGGAGUGAGAGACAUGCGCAGGAGGUUUUGCUCAAAUUCACUUAAACAGUCAUGUUUCUUAAGUUAACAGGGAAUUCAUUUCAACAGCGUGUUUACAGAAUAAAUGUCAGAAAAUGUGCCAAAAUGACCGUAUUAGUGGUACGGAGCUGCAACUUGUAUCUGCAAUGAACUGAUAGGAGGCAAUAAAAUAUUCUUCAGAAAAG